AUGGACCAAACACACACCCGGGCCCUGGAGGCUCUACAGCCUUUCGUCCACUUGGCAAACUCCAACAGUGCAACCUCGCCUCGCUUCAUAGCCAAUAUCAUCACAAAUGCCACCUCCAGUCCGCACACCUACGUCUUCGCGGAGCUGCUUGAGACGCCCACUAUUCAAACGCUCAGCUCGCCUGAUACCCCCGCCGAGUACCAGGGUUACCUGAAGCUCCUAGAGAUCUUCGCAUGGGGGACAUGGCAGGAUUAUCAAGCAACACCCGACCUCCCCAAAUUAAGCAUUGAACAAACCCUCAAGCUCCGCCUCCUCUCUCUUCUCUCCCUCUCAGCAACAGUGAAACCCCUCACCUAUCAGUCAUUAAUGACCGCGCUCUCCCUCUCUUCAACCGCCGAGCUUGAAUCUCUCGUUACAACCGCCAUCUAUGCCUCCCUGAUCUCCGCCCGCCUCUCCCCCGCCACAGCCCCGCCUACCGUCAACGUCACAUCUGUCGCUCCUCUACGUGAUGUCCGACCGCAAUCUCUCCCCAGAAUGGUCUCUCUUUUGACACAGUGGGAGGCUCGGUGUGGAGAGGUAGUGUCCGAUCUAGAAGCGGAAAUUGCACGAGUCAAGGAGAAUGCGGAGAAGCGUCAUGCCAAGGAGCGAGCGUAUCAGAUCCAACUGGAGGAUGCGAUGAAACAGCGACAAGAGGAGUUUGAUGUGUCAAAUGCGGGCGGACGUAGUACUAGAUCCGGAGCAUGGGGGCGUCAAGGUGGUGCGCGACUUGGAGCUGGAAUGGGUAACAAGCGCGAGGCGGAUGAUAUCGAUCAUGAUGAUGGGUAUUUCGAGGCUGGGGAUGGGGAAUCAGGGUCGCGGAUGGAUAUCGACGAGGGCUCCGGGUCUCGUGGCGGGAGUAGACAUUCGAAGCGUGUAGUGGGCCGCAAGGCAUGA